UUCCCAGAGAAACACCUCCCUGAGCGGAGGAGGAAGAGCCCUCUUGGAUAACUAUAUAUAAAGAAAGACAGCUUGUGUCCUCGUCCCUGCAAAGCUCCAGUUGUCGUCCUGUCACUCCAUCAGACAGAGGAACUCAAUCACAGCAGUCACCAUGGUGGGUCUUAAGCCGUCUGAUAUUCCCCCUCCUCUGGGCGUGAAGGUUCUCAGCGCAGGAACGGCCGCCUGCAUCGCUGAUUUAGUCACCUUUCCUCUGGACACCGCAAAAGUGCGGCUACAGAUCCAAGGAGAGAAAGCAGCAACAGGCGCAGCUAAAGGCAUCCGGUACAGAGGAGUGUUUGGGACCAUCAGCACAAUGGUGAGAACGGAGGGGCCGCGCUCUCUCUACAACGGACUAGUCGCUGGUCUCCAAAGACAGAUGGCUUUCGCUUCCAUACGAAUCGGCCUCUACGACAACGUCAAGAGCUUCUACACACGGGGCAAAGACAACCCCAAUGUAGGUAUAAGGAUCCUGGCGGGCUGCACCACGGGAGCGAUGGCCGUGUCCGUGGCUCAGCCCACAGAUGUGGUGAAGGUGCGUUUCCAGGCUCAGAUGAACCUACGGGGUGUGGGCAGACGCUACAACGGCACCAUGCAGGCCUACAGACAGAUCUUCCAGCUCGAGGGGCUCCGAGGAUUGUGGAAAGGAACACUUCCCAACAUCACGAGGAACGCUCUUGUUAACUGCACUGAACUGGUGUCCUACGAUCUCAUCAAAGAAGCCAUUCUCAAACAUAAACUCAUGUCAGACAAUCUUCCGUGUCAUUUCGUGUCUGCGUUUGGAGCGGGUUUCAUCACGACGGUGAUCGCGUCUCCGGUGGAUGUGGUGAAGACGCGCUACAUGAACUCUCCUCCCGGUCAGUACCGCAGCUCACUCAACUGCGCCUGGACCAUGAUGACCAAAGAGGGUCCGACCGCCUUCUACAAAGGUUUCGUUCCGUCUUUCCUAAGACUGGGCUCCUGGAACGUGGUGAUGUUCGUGUCAUUUGAGCAGCUCAAGCGGGCCAUGAUGGUGUCCAGAAGCAGAAUCGAGGCCGCCGCGUAAAUCUUCCCCUCAAACUGAAAUCGUUUCAAACGCACGGACUCACACGAGCGGCUGUUUCUAACUCCUCUGACAGGACGAUGACGAGAACCGGAGCGCAGGCGCGACUACCACUUUCACACUUCCGCUUCGGAAGUCAAACAGGCAACGGGAUGCAUUAGUGAGAAUCUGACAGAAACGUAACAACCACAUCACGACUGUCAUCCUUACUCUUCAGGGUAAACCACUAUUAAAACCGCUGCUCAGUACAACCACUGAAUCCCCUGAUAUCCCUCUGUAUCCCCUUGAUAUGUUAAUGUACAUAAUGUUUAUGUAAUAUUUAUGUUUCCUCAUUUUUAUAAGCAAUUUGUGCUUUUUUUAAAGCAGCUAUUUACCUUAAUGUCUAUUUAACCCUAAAUGUCCAACAAAUAACUCUGGAAUGACCUGAAAUGUGAGAUCAUACCUGGAAACCUAUAAACACAUAAAGAUAAGCAUGUACAGCAUGCUUCAAUAAAACACCUUUUACAACUUUC